AGAUCACGGUACGAAGCGUCUUUCUUUGAAUGGGCUGCAUCGACACCCGCGUCGGGCCAGAGGCGACAGUGGUGCGCUUCAGCGUACGGCGGAACCGCCCGGCCAUGCUUGUGAGUCUCAUCAUGCUGCUCAAUAUACUCUCCAUGCCGAUGAAAGCGUACCUGUCCGAGUUUCUUCCGUGGCAAACCGUCCCGGCUCUACCCGAUGCGUUUGCCAACUAUUCGAUCUUUUCGAGUGCAACGCUCGCGUACCAGCAGAUGCGCUACACCCCACUGACGCUGCCCAAUGGCUCCACGUACUUUGAUGAUGCUGCCAUGGACGUCCAAGUCCUCCGUGCGACGCUCAACUUGACCAAUCAUGCGCCAAUGCCGUCUCGCGCCGACUGCUUGGCCUCGUUCGUACUGGGUCUGCCGGGCUUGAUUUACUACACGCCGGUGCAACUCGACCUCGUCUGUGCCCUCGCCGCGGACGCUGACGUCAACGCGUCGACCUGGGACAAGGUUGGUGCGUGCUACAUUGACAAGUUUUGUGCCAUCGUCAUUGGCCACGCGUGCGUGUGGCUCAACGCCGGCGAUGCGGUCCACGGCGGCCAGCUCUCGCCACACGUGGUGACGAUUACCUACACGUUUACAGGCACGCGCUUUCGCCAAUGGCUGUGGUGGAAGCUCGGUUUCCGCUGCGCAUUGACCCUCUUUGUCGGAUGGCGUCUCUGGAAGCAGUACUACGCACACUGUCAACGCCUCCAAGCGCGCUUGACCGCGUGCGGCCACAGCGCCGAUUUGAGUCCGAGCGAGUGGCGCUACGAGCUCGUGUUGGGCGACCCGACCGCCAUCAUCCUCAUGGACCCAAGCGUUGCGUGCGCAUUUGUGGUCGACAUUUGGAUCAGCACCAGCUCGGUCGGCAUUGCGGUCUUGCGCGCGUCCCAGAACGGCGACCUCUACGUCAUGUUUGUGACCUUUGUCUACCUCUCGCGGACGGUGUGGUUUGCCUACUGCGCGCUCUGCGUCACAUCGUAUGGCUUGAAGAAGUGGAAGAAGGAACAUGCGUUUACCGAGGUUGACCCGACGCUUGUGGCCGUCGGUGUCGCCAUCUAUGGCCCCUCGUCUCUUGUACCAAUGGACGUUUACGCUGCUCGUGCCCCGCCCUUGCUCGGCCAAGAGAACGAGCUCGGGCCGGGCUGUGCCAUGUACACGCUACUCAUUGCGUGCCUCCCACUUUGCUACGGCUUUGCCGUCCCGGCGCUGCGCCACCGGUUACGCAAGCAUCAAGGCGAGGCGCCGAAUUAUGCGAGCCCGUUCUACAACAGCACCAAAAACCGGACUAUUUUCGGCAUGUUGGCGCCGUUCCGAGCCACAGCCGACGUGCAUCCGAUCGAAGCGACGACCCCGCGCGUUCUCGAGCGUGGAGGGGCCAUCUACUCGCUCUUUUGCGACCAAUUCGCGGUACAAAACUGCCCGACCAUCAGCCUUCGAAGCGCCGACUGCUUCCUCCUCUGCUACCACAACGCAACGCUCGUGUCCAAGAUACGCCUGAGUCUUCUCUGCAGCCUCGACUGCAACGCUGCGACACCAGAGCUCGCAGUCGAGAACGCCGGGGGCAAAGCCACUUCCAUUGCCUACGAGAUCACCCUUGAUUCGAGUGGCCGACCUCGUAUGUGUCAGCCCGCAGAAGCCCCCCCCUGGUGCAUCUAA